AUGGAUGUCACCCACUCCGUCAGGGUCAACGGCGACAGCCUUUGGACUGCCGCAAUCGGCAUGCUUGGAGACGAACUAAAAUCUCAGAUAGAUUUCACGCAGGAGCAGAAAAACCAAUCUCUGAAUGAGCUGCUAGCGGUGACCGAAGAUGCGAGGAAACGCUUGGUCGACAAAUCGUGGUCUUUCAAACGGAAGAAUGGGGAGAAGGUUAUCGUGCGCGAUGUCUUGGCCAAGGUGGCGAAGUGGGUAAAUCAUUUCAAGGAUCUAGGCGAUAUUGUCGUGCAGUACGAUCCAGUUCACGCCGCACUGCCGUGGGCGGGUAUUCGGUUCCUGUUGAAUGUUGCUAUGGGUGAAUUGAACACCUACAAUGAACUUCUCGAGACAACCGCUACAGUUGCGGAAAUUUUAUGCCGAAGUACCCUCUUUGAAGGUCUGCUGAAGCAUUCCCGCUCACAAGACGCGGAGGAGCUCAGUCGUGCGUUGGUCAAGUUAUACGCAAGUAUUCUAACUUACCUCGCCAAGGCAAGGACAUACUAUCUUCAGAACGGUUUUAGACGCGUGCUCAAGAAUGGAAUCCUUGCCUCGUCCGACUUGGAGUCGGCUUUCUCGGCUAUCAAUAAAGCCCAGGGAGAUAUCCAUAGCUGUUUUGGCAUCUUCGGCUUACAAGCUCAGCUGGAAAUGCAUGACGAGCUCCACCGGAUGCUGAAAGCCUUCGAUGCGCCAGUAAACCGCUGGAGCGAGUCGCUCAAUGCCAUCACGGAUCAGCUAGAUGUGACAAGAAGAAAGCGGAUUUUGAAUUGGCUCUCCGAUGAGCCUUAUAAGCAACACCACAAACAAACGAAGAAUGACGUCUUGGAGGGCACAGGGAAGUGGCUGCUCCAGGACCCAACUUUCCUACAGUGGAAAAAUGAGAGUGCCUCCUCGAUUAUCUGGCUUCAUGGCAUUCCGGGCUCGGGCAAGAGCAAGUUAACGUCUCUUGUUGUCGAGGACAUGGAAGACGCAUUUCGAAGGAACCAGUCCCCAGCUCCAGUAUAUUUCUACUGUUCCCGUAAUCCAGCCGAGCCUGGACGCUCCGACCCUUCAAAGAUUUUGGCUAGUAUCGCAAGACAGCUCUCGACUCUUCAAGCUGGUGGACCACUUCUUGAUGCCGCAAUUGAAACGUACAACAUACGUGAAGCAAAUGCCUUUGCAUCUGGGCCACUCGGCCUUGACGAAAGCAAGGACCUGAUCCUCAAGCUGCUUGAGCAAUACAAGGAUGCGACAAUGACGAUUGUGAUCGACGCCCUGGACGAAUGCAACCAGUCAACUCGGGGAAGCUUUCUCGAUACUCUUCAAGAUCUUCUGAACGCUACCCCAUGUCUAUUGAAGAUAUUUGUGUCCAGCCGGAAUGACCAAGAUAUUGUCUAUAAACUGGAAAAUUAUCCGAACUUAUGCCUCUCCUCCGAUCGUAACUCAAACGAUAUCGAUCUGUUCCUACGGUUAGAGACGGCACGACUUAUCUCCAAUGGAUCUUUGCUGCGGUCCAGCACGAGGAAGCAGGAACUACAGGACAAAAUCAUCAAAGAGUUAUCUUCUAACGCGCAUGGCAUGUUCAGUUGGGCAAGCUUGCAAUUAGAGGCACUUUGCCGACAGGGUACCGAUGAUGCGAUUAUAGAGAGACUCGGACGGCUGCCGAGGACGUUGGCGAAGCUAUACCAGGACAUCCUCUCGAAUAUCGAAAAUCUCGACGCUGAUGCAGACAGGCGUUUUGCCCAGAAUGCUCUUAGCUGGUUGCUCUGCGCCCAAAAACAACUCAAAUCGGAUGACUUUCUGGCCGCUGUGUCUGUAGCUAAGGAUGGAUCCGCAUCCGCCAUCUCGAAAGACCAGCUUUUAUACUUGUGUAGCAACCUAGUCAUUUUCGACUCUACCAUUGAUGCGUUUCGCUUCUCGCACUUAUCGGUCAGAGAGUUUCUUGAAGGUCAAGAGAUGUAUAAUCCCGCCUCCGCAAACGCACUUGUUGCGGAAGCUUGUCUUUUCAAUAUCUCUAGGAUCACACCCGAAGUUAUGCAAUUGCCAAUGCUUCUGAGUUAUUCAUGUUUAUUUUGGGGUUUCCAUGCACAGGUAGCCGCUGAACAAAGGCUAACGCGACUGAAAGAGCUUCUACUCAAAUUCUUUUUCGGGGAUCGGGAACCACCCUCGUGCUUUCUUUGUUGGCAUAAGACCGUUGAGAGGCUUGCAUUUGGAGAAACUACGCCCCAGCUUUGGGACGCUAUAUCUUAUACACCUUCAGUUCUACUGGUUGUUUGUGCCUAUGAUUUGUUCGGUAUUCUGAACCUUGAACAAUGGAGAAAGCUGGCGCAAGAACGGCCCAAAACCAGAGACGGUGUCACUCACGAAGAAGUUGCGGUCCGACGUAGCAGCUUCGGCAUUUUGGAAUGGGUUUUUAACAACAAAAUUCGAUUUGAAAUAAACGGAGGAGUCGUCAAGGCGGCGGCCGGGAACUCACCAAAUAGCGGGAAUAAAAUCAUGGCGUUCCUUCUUGACAAGCGCGGGGCCCACAUCCAGAUCACCGAAGACGCCGUCCAAACAAUUGCGAGAGUAUUCGACCAGAAUAUAUUUAGCUGCCUUCUCGAAAAGCGAGGUGACGAAGUCCAGAUCACCGCAGGGGUCGUCAAGGCGGCGGCCGAGAACUUAUAUAGCGGCAAGGAGAUUAUAGCGUUACUUCUCGAUAAGCGCGGGGGCGAGAUCCAGAUCACCGAACAGGUUAUUAAGGCCGCGGCAGGGAAUUGGAGAAAUGGUAAGGAAAUUAUUACGCUUCUUCUCGAUAAGCGCGAAACCGAGAUCCAGAUCACCGGCCGCGUCGUCAAGGCAGCGUCCAGGAACUCACAUAGCAGCAAGGAAAUCAUGGCGCUCCUUCUUGACAAGCGCGGAGCCCAGGUCCAUGUCACUGAAGAGGCCGUCCAAACAGCUGCGAGGGAACUCGACGAGAACACUUUUAGCCGCCUUUUUGAUAAGUGCGGGGGCGAGAUCCAGAUCACCGAAGGAGUCGUCAAGGCAGCGGCCGGGAACUCACAUCGCGGCAAGGAGAUCAUGGCGUUCCUUCUCGACAAGCGCGGUGCCUAUAUCCAGAUCACCGAAGGUGUCGUCAAGGCAGCGGCAAGGAAUAUGGCCUGUGGCAAGGAAAUAUUGGAACUUCUUCUCUCUAAGCGUGGUACUGAGAUCCGGAUUACCGAACGGAUCGCUAAGGCAGCGGCUAGAAACUUGACUUGCGGUAAGGAAAUCAUGGCGCUUCUUCUCGAAAAGGGAGGAGCCGAGGCCCAGAUCACUGAAAAGGUAAUCAAGACAGCUGCCAGCAACCUGCAUUGCGGCGCGGGUAUAGUGGCGCUCCUUCUCGAUAAGAGAGGGACGAAGAUCCAGAUCUCCGAAGGGGUCGUCAAGGCAGCGGCUAGAAACUUGACUUGCGGUAAGGAAAUCAUAGCGCUUCUUCUCGAAAAGGGAGGAGCCGAGGCCCAGAUCACUGAAAAGGUAAUCAAGACAGCUGCCAGCAACCCGCAUUGCGGCGCGGGUAUAGUGGCGCUCCUUCUCGAUAAGAGAGGGACGAAGAUCCAGAUCUCCGAAGGGGUCGUUAAGGCAGCGGCCGAGAACUGGAGAAGCGGCGAGGAAAUUAUUGCGCUUCUUCUCGACAAAUGCGGAGCCGAAACCCAGAUCACCGAAGGGGUCGUCAAGGCAGCGGCCAGGAACUGGAGAAGUGGCAAGGAAAUUAUUGCGCUUCUUCUCGACAAGCGCGGAGCCGAAACCCAGAUCACCGAACGGGUCGUCAAGACAGCGGCCAGGAACUUGACCUGCGGCAAGGAAAUAUUAGCGCUUCUCCUUAAGAAGCGAGGGACCGAGAUCCAGGUUACCGAAAAGGUGAUUGAGGCUGCUGCUCAGACCAUGGCAUGUUCCGAUGUCGUUGGUUUGCUUUUGGAAAAAAGAAGGGUCGAAACCAUGGCGGCUAUAACUGAAAAAGUGUGCUUCGCUGUCGCCUGUUCCGGGCACCUACAUUCCCUUCGUUAUCUUUGCCAGCAUAUUCCGCCAGCGACAAUCGAUCCACACUGGGACGCCAUUGCUCGGUUCUGUGACGCGGCAAGUCGUGGCGAUAUGGACCAGACCAAACAACUCCUGUCUAAAUCAGUGCCGUUUGAUACUAAGAACAGCAAUGGUCAAACGCCCCUAUGGAUUGCCGCAUUUAAAGGGCGAACGGAGAUUGUGAGAAUCCUAGCCCUUCAGAAAUCCAUCAAUGUGGACUCAUUAUCAGUCUCUGGACAGUCGCCAAUUUUCUGGCCUUCCGCCUACGGCUAUGAGGAUAUCGUGAACAUUCUUUUGUCUAUUGGGGCGAAAUCGCACUUUGUCGACGCCAACGGACGAACUGCUGUCUCUAUGGCAAGACAAAACGGGCAUGAAAACAUCAGAAAAGACCGAGAUGUAGACGGUGUCGCCAGAACAGACGACCCCUUCUCAAAUCUCCUUCUCUCAGGAAAAGCCGUCAUGUCCCCCUUCUACGUUGAAGCAGACCCAGACCCAAACUCCGCUCCCUCACACCCUUCCUCAAUAAACGAUCUCCGUCUCUCCAGUCCGUCAAACGCAUACGACCACCCCUCCGCGCGCCUCCCACAACCCGCUACAUUCUUCAGUUUUACCGAUCUCUCCAUCCGCUCCGCGAGUCUAUACCGGUUCCAGUUCCGCCUAAUGAAUUGGGGUUCUGUUGAGGAUACGAGUCAGUCGAUACCGGCCCUUGCAGAGGCGUGGUCGGAUCCGUUUCGGGUUUAUUCUGCGAAGGAUUUUCCGGGGGUGCGGGAUUGCAGCAUUCUUGCCGAACGGUCACGUUGA